CGACACCCGGAUAUCCGAGAACCCCGGAUCCGGAUAAGGAUAGUAAAAUUAUGGAUCCGCCGGAUAAGGAUACGGGUCCGGAUACCUUAAAAUUCCCCGGAUACCCGAUCCGUCCCAGACCUACUUGGAGGUGAGUUUGUCACGUCUUAUACUACACGUGGUUAUGCGAAAUGAAAAUGUGAUGCUUCUUACUCGGAGUUCUAAGUGUUUUCUAUAGUUGGUGCAAUAGAUCAAUUAUUUUUCGAAUUCGUUUUCCUCUAUUUUUCCAAUUACUGCAUCGUUCCAAAUAAUUGACAAUUAUCAGCAACGAAUCAAAGGGUUAAUGAGUUAACUUUACUAGUUGCAUAUGUGCUAAAAAUAACAAAGUAUUCACAAUAAUAAAAAAAGAAAAGAAAUGCUAGCUACAGGUUGUGAUGCAGAAGAUUUCUUCAGUUUAAACAAACAAAAGAGAAGCAAGUUGAUUCAGGAUUACACAAACAUAAUUUAUAACAGUGCCAUCAUCGUUGAGCAAGUCAAAAAAAAAAAACUUAAAACAACUGCAACUAGCAUUUCUUGAUUUAGUAAGAACUUAUUCAAACAAUUAUCCUGAUCCUGAGAAUUAGAGAUGUGUGCACGUAUGUAGUGCAUACAAGUCUCAGAUAGAAUGUCCAAACUGAAAGAUUUAACUUGACAAGUUAAAACCUCAUUUAACCACGCUAGUCACAGAGACGGUAAAAAACUCACUCAGGUCAAUACACAUAUUGAGAUCACAGCUAAAACCUUAUGUUUCCUGUAUAACCAAUCAGCUAGAAAGCAACAAGCAAAGAUGCAGAACAAUAAAACGAUAUAUAGCAAAGUAACUAACCCACAACAAUAAGAACAUCUAAAUGAUGACAUGGGCAGUGAUAUGUUAUUGCUAAUUCAAAAGGAAAGAACUAUUCUUAGCUUCUCUUUGAUACUGUCUUCCAUGUAAAGGUCAACUCAGGGUUUCCUUGAUCAGUUUAAAUCAAAAUCUAAUGGUAACGAAAGUGCAGAAGAAUCUAAUAAGUUUAACAAGCUUAGGCACGCGAGAGAGAAAACCAAUGGUGCUUAAGAUAAGGUCACUGAGUUUGUGGAUACUAAUAUGCGUCCAGGUGUUUUCUUUGGUGUUAGCUCAAGACGGUAAUCAGUUUGUGCACUAUAACUUCAGUAAAGCAGACCUGCAUCGUGAUGGCAUGGCAACUAUCGAUGACGGCCGAUUGCAUCUUACAAAUAACACAAAUAAGAGCACCGGCCAUGCUUUCCACAAGAUUCCAAUGAACUUCACAAGGUCAUCUCCCAGUUCACUUUCUUUUUCAACAGAAUUUGUCUUUGCGAUGUUUCCUUUGCAAGGCGACGGCCAGGGGCUAGCUUUUGUGGUAUCUCCUUCAAUGGACCUCAGGUAUAGUGGCGCUGCAACAUCAUACUUAGGGCUUUUCAAUAGGACAAAUGAUAAUAAAACUGAAAACCAUAUCUUGGCUGUAGAGCUUGACACCAAUCCAAGCUCUGAAGCGAUUGAAGAUAGCUAUAACCAUGUUGGGAUUGAUGUUAACAGUAUAGUCUCGGUGGAAUCUGCGGAUGCUAGUUACUUUAAUGAUACAUCCAGGAAGAACAUAAGCUUGCCUCUUGCUAGUGGAACGAGUAUUCUGGUCUGGAUUGAUUAUGAUGGUUUAGAAAGGUUACUAAAUGUGACGUUAGCUCCAGUUCCAACAAAGCCAACUUCACCUCUCUUGUCAAGUUCCAUCAAACCAAGUGUGCCUCUCUUGUCAAAAUCCAUCAAUGUUUCAGAAAUAUUCAAUGAAACCAUGUUUGUAGGCUUCUCUGGAUCAACAGGCACAGUCAAAAGUGACCAAUAUAUCCUUGCAUGGAGUUUCAAGAAAGGUGGAAAAGCAGAAAGCCUUGACAUUUCAAAGGUUUUGGAUCCCCCAAAUCCACCUCCACCACCACCAUCAUCUCCGCCGCCACCUACUCUGCCACCAACCUCUCCACCAAAGUCAAGGUCUAAAGGCUCUAGCCUUGCUUUAAUUCUAGGCACUACUAUAGCAGGAACUUUGCUAAUAGUACUAGGAGGAGUUUUGUAUCUUCUUUACAAGAAGAAGAAGUAUGCUGAGGUUCUUGAACAAUGGGAAAAGGAAUAUAGUCCCCAGAGGUACUCCUUCAGGAACCUAUACAAAGCAACCAAGGGUUUUAAGGAGAAUCAACUACUUGGAGCAGGAGGUUUUGGAAAAGUUUAUAAGGGAAUACUUCCCUCCGGUACACAAAUCGCUGUUAAGAGAGUCUACCAUGAUGCAGAGCAAGGGAUGAAACAGUAUGUCGCGGAGAUCGCUAGUAUGGGAAGACUAAGGCACAAGAACUUGGUUCAGCUCCUUGGCUACUGCAGAAGGAAAGGUGAACUGCUUUUGGUUUACGAGUACAUGCCCAACGGAAGCCUAGAUAACUACUUGUUCAACAACCAAAACCUCACUUGGUCUCAGAGAUUGAACAUAAUCAAGGGAGUAGCAUCUGCGCUUUUGUAUCUUCAUGAAGACUGGGAACAAGUUGUGCUACACAGAGAUAUCAAAGCUAGCAACAUUCUUUUAGAUGCUGAUCUUAAUGGACGGUUGGGAGAUUUUGGGUUUGCAAGGUUCCAUGAUCGCGGCGAGAAUCUAGAAGCUACACGUGUGGUUGGAACCAUAGGCUACAUGGCUCCAGAGCUAACUGCAAUGGGUGUGACCACUACCUGGACUGAUGUAUAUGCCUUUGGAGCUUUUAUUCUCGAGGUGGUUUGCGGAAGAAGGCCAGUAGACCCUGAGAGACCCCCUGAGCAAAUGAUUCUACUCAAGUGGGUUGCUAUUUGUGGAAGCAGAGAUAGUUUAAUGGUUACUGUUGAUAGUAAACUUGAAGGAAACUUUAAAGCUGAAGAGGUCAAGAUGCUUUUGAAGCUAGGCAUGCUCUGUUCUCAGAGCAACCCAGAGAAUAGACCAAGUAUGAGACUUAUAGUACAAUAUCUCGAAGGAAAUGUCACUGUUCCGAGCAUAUCAUAUGAUACAUCUGGAUUUGGUAUGCCAAAUAUAAGCAAUGAAACGGUAACACAACAGCCUGGAACCUCCUCAUUAGCUAACUUCUCUUUUGAAGAUGUUACAGUCCUAUAUGGUGGUCGUUGAAGCCUGCAAGCAAACUUUUAUUCUGCUACAAUGUUGUGUCUCCUAAGUGAAUGAUUGUAUUGUGAUUGGUUGUUGAAUUUACAAUAACAUACAUGUUUUUUUUUUUUUUGCAACAUUUUCACUUCAAGAUUUUAGAUUCAAUCUCUUCCAGACUAAGACCCUUGGUCUCAGGAACUACUAGAACAACAAACAAGAGUGAUACCAAUGCUAUGGCUCCAAAGAGAAGGAAGAGAUUCUCUGCUCCAAGAUAUUCCUGCAAAGGU